CGUGAUGUCGACUCUGAAUUUGAUUUGUAAUCCUUUUUCCUCAGACAGUGUCGCUAAUCUGAUUUGUUUUUGAUAGUAUCAUCUGAAUUCUUGUUAUUUUACUUAUAACUUUUUUAGUUUAAUUGCAAAGUAAGUGAAAUAUAAACUUUACAAUGGACAUGGAAGACUAUAAUAUUGAUACAAACUCUAAAAAUAGUAGUUACAAAAAGACCGAUUUAAGCAUUUCUGAUCAGCUGGCCGAUUUCAAAAAACUACGUAUCUCGGCUUUGACUAAAGCUGCUGAAAUUAGCCCUUUAAUAAAAGAAGUAACUAUUGGACCUAAUAGUCCAAUAAAAAAGCAGGAAGUGCAUGUUGAGAGACCGGUAAUAAAUACUGUUAAAAAAGGAGAAAAUCUAAUCGAGGACAAGAUCCGUGAAGAUUUACGUUACACACUUAUAAUGAAGGAGUAUGAGACAAAAAUGCAAAAGACGACAGAAGAUUCAUUCAGGGAGUUAAUUGAGAAAAUGAUCGCGAAACGAGCAGAGGUUAUGGGGAAAUAUUGGAAGGCUCAAAGUGAGGAAUGUGAACGCAGAGCACUUGAGCGAAGGAAUCGUAAACUACAGAUGUUAAAACAACAACAGGAAAACGAUAAUGUAUCUCUACUAGAAAGAGCCAAGUUAGAUGAACAGAACACUCAAUUAGUAAAUAAACAGACAAUUGAGAACAUGAACAGAAUUUUAGAAGAACAGAAUAAAGCAACAGCACGUUUUGCCGCUAUCACUGACAGUCAUACAAAAAUAUGCAUAUGCUAUAGUGAAAUAUCAAACCUCAUACAAACAGAACCAUUAGGAAAAACAGUGUGUGAUAAAUAUGUAUCUUUAAUUGAUACUGUUUUAGGAAAUAUCACCAUUUUAUUAGAACUGUGUAAGACCGGUGCUAUCACUGAAAAGGAGGUGAAACAAGCUGAGAUUUUAUCUCUAAACAUUGACAAUGUCAAAACAAAGAUAAUUGAAGAUUUGCAUGAAAUUAAACAGCAGGAGUUAGUAAAGAAACAGAAGGAAUUGGAGGAAGAGGCUAGAAAAAAGAAAGAAUUAGAAGAGAAGAUGACUCAAGAAGCUAAAAUAAAAGAAGCUGAAGCUGAAAUAACUGUUAUUCAAGAUCCAUCAUUACAACAUACUAAAAAAGUUAAACCAACAUUUUAUUCCUGUAAGAAUUAUAGUCACUAUGAAGAACUUAAAACAUUCUUAGAUGAAUAUGAAGCUCAAUAUAAAGAAUUGUUAGAAAAUGUUAACCUAAAGAAAUUCAGAUUUGACUGUCAGAAAGCUGUCAAUACACCAGUGAAUGCUUUGUCAUCGGUUAGUGGCCUUCAUAUAAAGGAUAAGUAUGAAAAAUUGUCAAAAUUAUUAAAGGGUGACAGAGUACAAGUGUUGGAUACAUAUGUGACAGCCACUCAACAUCCACAGGGUUUAUUCUAUUGCACAGCUCUGCUAGCGAAAAAAAUUGUACAGCAAGGUGACAGAUUGGUCUCCAGUAAUCCAGAGGCAGCUUUUCCCCUUGCCGCCAUUGCAGUAGCCUUGUCAUCACAGUUUCCAAUAUUUGGCAAAUUGUUGGAAGCAAACUUUCAUAAACAGUGUCCAUAUUUGGUACCAAUGUACUUGCCUCAGAAAGAAGGGCAAACUGAUAAAGAAUUCUACCUCUCAAGAGGUUACACAUAUAAUGAAGAUGGUGUGGUAGAGAAGCAAGAUAAGUUUUUGAAGAGAAUAUCAGGCAUAUUCCAACUUCAAUGUGCCAUAUGGAUAGCGAAAACACCUAGGUUCUUAAAUACUCCAAAUCCUUACAGCUUAAAAUAUGGUUGGUGUUGGCUGGCUUCUUUUGUAAAUUUGAAACCGGAAGCAGACAUCAGUGCUACAUUACUCAAUGAUUUCUUCACUAUUUGUGGCCAUGAGUUCUUUAAACAUUAUGGAAAACAAUUUACAAAAGUUAUCAAACUAGUGAACACGGAUUAUCUUACAAUAUUGCAAAGCAUUGAUGAAGGUGGCCCUAAAACCAGAUUGGAGGUUUUCCUUCAGAGUGUAUUAAAAUCUGGUCAUAUUCCACCACCAAAUGGAGUAUUACAGCCUAACACAUGGUAAUACUAAUUUAUAAUUCAAAUGUAUAAUGAUUGUGUUUCUUAUGAUUUUUUUAAUAAUUAAUAUCAGACAAUUAUUUAUUUAUAGUUUUUUGUAAUAAGUAAUAUAGAUAUUUUUGUAUAAUGUUGUUUUCAAAUUAUAUAAUAUUAUAAGCAUAAUAUCCCAUUUUGUAUAUGUCUGUAUAUUUUCAUGAAAUUCAAUAACUGAAAUAAAUUGUAAUUGACAU